AAUAAUACACACUUUUCCGUACGUCUUUACUCUAGAAAACAUGAGCCGGCCAUCGAAAAUUAUAAGUUCGGCGUAAUAAAACUUCUUGCUCGGCACAUAGAUGUGAAACAGCUGAUUUACAUGUGAAACGUUUAUAGAAAAGAAAAAUAAAAGCAUUUUCGUGUGUGAAGUGAUUCGCGUUUUUAUUAAAUUGUGGACAUUAAUAAAUCAAAUAAAAUGCUGGGAAGUCGGCGAAACUUAAAAAGGUUGGGAAAUCCCAAAAAUGCAAAAUCGAGCAUUGAAGCACCUUAACUCAAAGGACGAACAGGUUCUACUCGAAGGUGAAAAACGAUGUGAAAAUUGUAAAAGGUUAGAGGACAAAAUUGAUCAAAAAUUCCAAGAACUAGCAGAUAGAACGAAUCAUCAAAAUACAAUUAUAAUGGAAGCUUUGGCAGAACAAAAUGUCCUAAUUAAUAGGCUUAUUUUCCAAGAUGAAGAAAACUUGAACGUGACAUCCACUUUCCCAAUAAAAAGCGAUAAUGAACUUAAAGAGCUAGACCAAAAAAUUGAUGAUUCUAACAUUAAAAACUAUGUAAAUAUAGUUAAGAAAAUUAUUUGUAAUAAUUUGCAGAAAAACAUUGACCUACUAUUGGAGCCUGAAUUUCUUUAUGAAUAUAAUAUUGACGGUAGUCAUGGAAAGAAACGAUUGAAAGAGUAUAAAAUGUUUGAAGUUAUGAAAGAUUGCGUUAUUUCGAUAUAUGGCGCAGAAGGUGCUGAAGAAAAAAUACGAAAAGCGAUUCAUUUAUCAAAGAAGCGGCAGUUAAAAAAGUUGCUUACGAAUAAAAGAAAUGCCACCAGCGAUGAUAAUAAAUAAUGAGUAUAAACU